AGAGCCUAGCAGUGGGAGACGGAGGCGACUUUCGCGAGCGAGGAGACAUGGCGGAGUACAAGCGGUUGCGGAACUGCCUGGCGCUGAUCCGCCUCCGAAACCCGCCGGUCAACGCCAUCAGUACAACUGUACUCCAUGGAAUAAAAGCGGGACUGCAGAAAGCUCUAACAGACCAUACAGUAAAAGCCAUUGUGAUUUGUGGAGCAGAUGGCAAAUUCUCUGCAGGAGCUGAUAUCCACAGCUUCGGUACACCAAGAAUGUCUGACCUCGUCCUGGGACAUGUAGUAGAUGAAAUACAGAGAAAUGAGAAGCCCGUGGUGGCGGCUAUUCAAGGCCUGGCUUUAGGAGGGGGACUGGAGCUGGCCCUGGGCUGUCACUAUAGGAUUGCCCAUGCAGAGGCUCAAAUUGGCUUUCCAGAAGUCACAUUAGGAAUCCUUCCUGGUGCAAGAGGAACCCAGCUUCUCCCCAGACUCAUUGGAGUUCCUGCUGCACUUGACUUAAUUACCUCAGGAAGACAUGUUUCGGCAGAGGAAGCACUCCAGCUGGGUAUUCUAGACAAAAUGGUGAACUCAGACCCGGUUGAGGAAGCAAUCGAAUUAGUCCAGAAAAUUUCUGAUCAGCCUCUGGAAUCCCGUAGACUCUGCAACAAGCCAAUUCAGAGCUUCCCCAACAUGGACAGCAUUUUCAGUGAAGCCCUUCUGAAGAUGCGGAAGCAGCAUCCUGGGUGCCUUUCUCAGGAGACCUGUGUCCGUGCAAUCCAGGCUGCCGUCCAGUAUCCCUAUGAAGUGGGCAUCAAGAAGGAGGAGGAGCUGUUCAUGUACCUUCAGAAAUCAGGGCAGGCUAGAGCCCUGCAAUAUGUUUUCUUUGCGGAGAGGAAUGCCAGUAAGUGGUCAACCCCCUCGGGAGCAUCCUGGAAAACAGCAACGGCACAGCCCAUCUCCUCAGUUGGCGUCGUCGGCUUGGGAACAAUGGGCCGAGGCAUCGUCACUGCUCUUGCAAAGGCGAGGAUCCCUGUGAUUGCUGUGGAAUUGGACAAGAAGCAGCUAGAGACUGCUGAUCAGAUAAUAACCUCCCUCUUGGAAAAGGAAGCAUCCAAAAUGCAGCCCAGCAGCCACCAUUGGUUAGGACCAAAACCCAGGUUAACCACAUCCCUGAAGGAGCUAGGUGGUGUAGAUUUAGUCAUCGAAGCAGUAUUUGAGGAAAUUAACUUGAAGAAGCAGGUCUUUGCUGAACUAUCAGCUGUGUGCAAGCCAGAAGCUUUUCUGUGCACCAAUACUUCAGCCUUGAACAUUGACGAUAUUGCUUCUUCCACUGAUCGCCCUCACUUGGUCAUUGGCACUCACUUCUUCUCACCAGCUCACAUCAUGAAGUUGUUAGAGAUUAUCCCCAGCCAGUACUCUUCCCCUACUACCAUUGCCACAGUUAUGAAUUUAUCAAAAAAAAUUAAAAAAAUUGGAGUAGUUGUAGGUAACUGUUUUGGAUUUGUUGGCAAUCGAAUGUUGAAGCCUUAUUACAAUCAGACAUAUUUCUUAUUGGAAGAGGGCGGUAAGCCAGAGGAGAUAGAUCAGGUGCUGGAAGAGUUUGGUUUCAAAAUGGGACCUUUUAGAGUGUCAGAUCUUGCUGGACUGGAUGUGGGGUGGAAAUCUCGACAAGGGCAAGGUCUUACGGGACCUAUGUUGCCUUCAGGAACGCCUGCCCGAAAGCGAGGCAGCGAGAGAUAUUGCCCAAUUCCUGAUAUGCUCUGUGAAUCAGGACGGUUUGGCCAGAAGACAGGAAAGGGUUGGUAUCAAUAUGAUAAGCCACUGGGUAGGAUUCACAAACCUGACCCCUGGCUCUCUGAAUUCCUGUCACAGUACAGGCAAACCUAUCACAUUGAGCCACGUGUCAUUAGCCAGGAUGAGAUCCUCGAGCGCUGUUUGUAUUCACUCAUCAAUGAAGCAUUCCGUAUCUUGGGAGAAGGGAUGGCUGCCACUCCAGAGCACAUCGAUGUUGUCUAUUUACAUGGGUACGGAUGGCCAAGGCACAAGGGUGGGCCCAUGUUCUAUGCCUCCACAGUGGGAUUGCCCACAGUGCUAGAGAAGUUGCAGAAAUAUUAUAGGCAGAAUCCUGAUAUUCCACAACUAGAGCCUUGUGACUAUCUGAAAAAAUUGGCUUACCUGGGCAACCCUCCUCUGAAAGAAUGGCAGAGGUUAGCAGGACCCCCUAGCAGUAGACUGUGAUUCAGCCUUCCAGGUUAUGACUCAUGUGCUUGCAUCAGGAAAUGCUCAUGGAAUUUCAUUGAUAUUAAAUCAAAAGAUCCAAAGUAAGAUUGCUCUGAAAUACAAAGCAGCUGAACCUUC